AUGCCGCAGCGCAAUAAUGAAGCCGUCGCGCCCGUUCAACAGGCACAAACGCCUUGGGACGAUGGUAGCCUCUCCGAUGACGGCGACGGCGAACUCUGCACAGUGCUGGAAGACGCAUGGACGAUGCAAGCCAGAAAUCUUGGAAAAAGUCAGCCCACUGCAGCGACAUCGCGCUCGAGGCUACCUGUCGCCGUGUCGCCGCCCAGCGGCCAGGACCACCCCCACCCACGCGACAACGCGAGCGCCGACUUGUGCGAGACAAGGCAAACGCAGGAGCUCAGGGACGACUUCUUUGCCCUCUAUACAUCGCAGUCAGCUGCUGAGUCCCCAAAUGAUCGCCGUGGUCGCGGCGGUAUGACAGGCUCGGCCGCCAGCUUGUCUGCGGCAGCCGCCGACUCCAAUGAAGACGGCAGUAGUUCGUGUCUCAGCGACCAGGAAGAUGAAGGGACUGAUCGCGACAACGCUAUAAGCACGGACGUCGAGGUACGGGUGAGUCGAACCGAUGACCAUCACGCGCAGCAGUCGCAGUACGUGCCCGAGUGCGCCGAUUAUUUAGAGGAGGAAGACGGCAUCGCCGACUCGACCGAGUCGCCGCUGGUAUCAGAGCAGCCGGAGGAGGGAUUCAAGGCCGAGACUCAACAGCUGCCAAGCCACUCGGGCACCAUGCCCGCAAUAGAGGCGCCGCGGCAUCCGGAGUGUUGGCCCCACCCUCACCCGCCGCCCUUUUCCGCGCUUCCGCGUCCGUGUCAGACGCGCGUGACUUUCCACACGCAACGCUACGGUGCCUUUAUCAAAGCCUACCUUGGCCUCUCCGACGUGGAGGUGGAGCAGGCGCAGCGGCGCGGCCGGGGUAUUUGCAUGAUCGGAGUUCGCAAGGCGCCUCCAUCGAGCUCGCACCUCGUCUCGAGCGCAUCCUACAUUACCCCUUUCACCCUAACCUCGUCAUCAUCCGCGGCAGCGGUGGCGAACAGUGGCGCCUACCAGCCUGUGCACCACCGCCACUCGCACCACGGCUUUGGCGAGCCGGUGAAAGUGCAGCGAACUUUUCUGCGUCACUCUGUGCUGGCAGUGGAGGGAGAUGCCGUGUUCAGCGAGCUGAUUGAUCGGGCCGAGGUGCUGUACGCCACCGAGCAGCACAGACUCGACGCGGCGUGGAAGACAUACGCACACAACACCGGUGCUGCCGGAGAAGACACAGCGGCGGCACCUGGCGCACCAGCACAGUCUCCGCUAUACCCGCAGUUCCGCAAGCUGCCGCGAGUAGUGGAGCCGUACCUGCGCCCCAACGCUCGCUGCAUCGCUCUCCACUAUGGUCUCCCGGACCAGGCCAACUCUGAUAGUAGCCCAGGCAGCGCCGGGAGGGGGGCCACCACCGACAUGGCGGCCGCAAAGCAGGAAGGUGGCCAAGAGAAAGAGCGAAUGCCACGCAUGCAUCACACGCACAGUGGAGCAGGGCGUCUGAACCCCUACCCCCGCGCGUCGCUGAUGGCUGUUGUAUGUACUACGCGGCUGGGGGAGGGUGAGGAAAUUUACGUAUCCCUGGAGUCGUACUACCGCUGCCUUGAUGAGGUCUCCUGGUAUCGGCGCUGCUACAGUGAGCUGAACAAGAGAUACGCGUGCCCGGAUGGCAUUGGUACGCCGUGCACCGCUACUGCCGCUGAGGGCGACGGUGGUAGGACGGAGGCCACUGCUUGCCACGGUGACCUGAUGGGUAAUGUGUACACCGGUGUAAAGCGGUUCCCCGAGUGGCCGGCUGACCUGGCCUACUACCACGGCGUGGGAAGGCGGCAUGCAAGCAGCGUCGCGGAAGGGGCCUUUCCCUUCACACUGGUUUCCCUCGGCCCGGCGCCGGAGCUGGGGGACAAUCAGAAAGGCGUCGUCGCCUCCGCCUGGCUGCCCUAUGGCACAUGCCUCCUGUACUGCGGCCCCUCGGUCGCAGCGCGCAAGGUGGAGCGGCUCGUUAGCGAGCGAGCGCGGCGCGGUAGUAGCGCAGUCGACCCUAUCGCCGCCCAGAAUCAGACGCCGACCGAGCAGGAAGGGGAUGAGGAGGAUAUCUCUUUUGCUUCUGACGACACCUACGCACUGGGGCUUGGGCGCCAUGGCGUGUGCUUUGGCCAGGGCCUCACCCGCUACAUUAACCACCGCUACAACACAUCCCGCUUUGGCAACGUGGAGCUGUGCUCGGUGAUACUAUCUGUGCCUAGUGAGUUCGCCGGUGCACAUGAGACGGCGGUGGGGACGCCGGCAUCGACCGCGUCAACCCCUGCUGGUGGCACGGUGGGGCUGAGGAACGCGGGCGAGAAGCUUACCCUGAAGUCCACUGGCGCGAGCGCAACGUCGUCUCUGAUUACCGAGGAGCAGCGUGCGCAGGUGGCGCGUGCCGCGACGGCGAAGCGACCCUACCGUCGACGUCGCGCGCAGCGGGCCAAGAAGGAGACGGCAGCCUCUGUCGCGGAGGCCAACGGUGCUGUUGUCGUCCCUGCCCCUACGGUGGCCGACGGUCUCGCCGCGCUGUACGCGAAGCCCAGGCGACGCCCGCCGCGUCGCCGCGCGCCGUGCCUCUUCCUCGAGGAGCGCAGCCUCUUCGUCACUGUCCCCUUUUUUUUGGCCACCACCGACAUCCCGCCCGGCACGCCGCUGCUCGCCUGGACGUACGGCGAGGACUACGACGCUAAACUGGAGCGGCACGCAGUGGCCGACGGCUAUGUGGUACCCUACGCCGAUGCCGUGCUGCUCAACCGCCGCCUUGCAGCGACAGCCGCCAUCUCGGCAUCGUCACCAGCUACCGAUUGUCGGUUCCAGCGCUACGGCGGCGAUUACCGCUUUGCAGUCGGUGUAGGCGAUAUCGUAUGGCGCCGGCGGCCCGUGCGUCUUGGUGUGCUGCCCUCCUCGGCCAACUGUGCUGGCGGCCACGACAGCGCUGAUGUGUCUGUGCCACCCCCAGAGGAGGACCUCUUCGUUGUCGUACAAACGCUGCGGUCGAGUGUCGAGAGGGUCCUCCUGCGACCUCUGCAGCGCAUCCCACUCACAAAUCCGCAGCUCGGCAGGCUCUUAAGGGAGCAGCACCUAGACAACUACGUGUCCCCACACACCUCGAGUAACGCGCGACCGGGACUGCGGAAGGGGUGCCGACGAGUCGGUUGCCCGCCGUCAGCUAACUCGAAGCGACAACGAGCGGCGGCGCCGGCCUACGACUGGGCGGCGCACUGGGCAGUGUUUCGGCUGACAGACAUCAGCGCCUUGGCACCAGCACCCUUCACUGCGGCAUCGUCCAGCCUCACACCACACACCCUCGCCCGCUACGAGGAGGCACUGCGGACAUGCGUGGUGGCGACAAUCGAUUCAGUGGGGCUGUUGCUUAUGGACAUCGACUACAGCGCCGUGCACUGCACCCGAGACACCAGCGGCGAGGCAGCCGACACGGUAGCGGCGCAGCUGACCGCGCGCGACUUGCAGGGGUCGACGACUCGACCAUCAGCAGGUGGCAGGCGUAGCCUCAACGCGAAGCAAAGCUCCAGCCGCGGCGGUGAGGGCGAGACACACCGUCUUAUCCUCGUUAACCUCGAUGAUCUGCACCACGCCACGUCACUAGUGCGGAUGUCGCCAGGGCGGGCGGCAGCCGUGCCAGCGCUCUGCAACGGUCUGCUGUGGCCGCUCUACUGUAUGUCACCAAGGCCGCUCACUGCUGCGGCGGCGGCGUUAGGUGCAUCAGCCGACGUCCUUCGCACGCGCCCUGGCAGUUGCGUGUGA